UGAGGGGGCCAGUUGCUGGUGGAGGAAGACGCCCGAGAACGACUUCUGGGCGCCCAUUCCGAGUGGUCAGCUCUUUCCCCACCUGCUUUAUCCCGGUCUGGGAGUCUAUGUACCCACUUGGGAGCGCGCCUCUGUGAGCGCGCCCUGAAACCCACCCUGGAGUCUAAUGCGGAGACCGAAUUGGAGCCUCCCAUGGCCUCCCGUAGCCUCCGGGAUCCCCCUGUCUCCAACCCAGAGAGCGACACGGGGGACGAGGGCGUGCGCGGCACCUGCGAUGACGCCUCAUUGUGCAAGAGGUUUGCUGUAAGUAUUGGCUACUGGCAUGACCCUUAUAUUCAGUAUUUUGUGAGACUGUCAAAAGAAAGGAAGGCACCUGAAAUUAAUAGAGGAUACUUUGCUCGGGUUCAUGGUGUCAAUCAGCUGCUAAAGGCUUUUCUAAAGAAGACAGAAUGCAAUUGUCAAGUUAUAAAUCUUGGUGCUGGUAUGGAUACUACAUUCUGGAAAUUAAAGGAUGAAAAUCUUCUACCAAAAAAAUAUUUUGAAGUUGAUUUUCCAAUGAUAGUCACAAGAAAACUAUAUAAUAUCAAAACCAAAUCUUCUCUAUCAAAACCAAUCCAGGAAUUAAAUUCAGAAGAAUCUUUUCUACUAGAUGGACAUGUCUUGGAUUCAAAUAGAUUUGCCAUUGUGGGAGCAGAUCUCAGAGACUUAACCAGCUUGGAAGAGAAACUAAAGAAAUGUAACAUGAAUACACAAUUACCAACUCUGCUGAUAGCAGAAUGUGUACUGGUUUACAUGACACCGGAGCAGUCAGCAAGUCUUUUAAAAUGGGCAGCCAACAGCUUUGAAACAGCGAUGUUCAUAAACUACGAACAGGUUAAUAUGGAUGAUAAGUUUGGGCAGAUCAUGGUUGAGAACCUUCGUAGGCGUCAGUGUGACCUGGCUGGAGUUGAAACCUGCAAAUCUUUAGACUCUCAGAAACAACGUCUGCUGUCAAAUGGGUGGGAGAAAGCUUCUGCCAUUGACAUGAUGGAGUUAUAUAGCAGUCUACCCCGAGCUGAAGUGAGCAGAAUAGAAGCGCUUGAAUUCCUUGAUGAAAUGGAACUUCUUGAGCAGCUUAUGCAGCAUUACUGUCUUUGUUGGGCAACAAAAGGUGGAAACAACCUAGGUCUCAAGGACAUUACUUACUAUUAAUUUUUUUGGAGAAAUUGUUGAAUCAGAAGCCAAAGCUACAUUUCCUUCCAUGGAAGAAAUGCUUUAGCGCUUCCUACAGUGAAAGAACAGUGCAUGUACACAUCUCCCUCUCUUCAGUGUCUCCCACACUCCCAAAAGACUCAAGUAACCAGUGUUGCUGGAGAUGUUUCCUGGUGGUUUAUUGUGUUAAUAAAUCUCUAUUGCCUUUA